GGUGGCUGCAGGACGUGCGGCUCGGGGUAGGGGUGGGCGCCGGGAGGGAGCUGGGCGGCAGGAUGAUGGAGGAGGAGGACCUGGAGUUCGUGGAGGAGCUGGAAGCCGUGCUGCAGCUCACGCCCGACGUGCAGCUCGCCAUCGAGCAGGUAUUUCCAAGCCAGGAUCCUCUAGAUCGAGCAGAUUUCAAUGCUGUGGAGUAUAUCAACACCCUGUUCCCAACAGAGCAAUCUCUGGCAAACAUCGAUGAAGUCGUGAACAAAAUUAGACUGAAAAUAAGGAGACUGGAUGACAGCAUUCGAACUGUCGUAAGAGGUCAAACAAAUGUGGGGCAGGAUGGCCGGCAAGCACUUGAAGAGGCCCAGAAAGCGAUUCAGCAACUCUUUGGAAAAAUCAAAGAUAUCAAGGACAAAGCAGAAAAAUCAGAGCAAAUGGUGAAGGAAAUCACCCGCGACAUCAAGCAGUUAGAUCACGCCAAACGCCACCUGACCACCUCGAUCACGACGCUGAACCACCUACACAUGCUGGCGGGCGGCGUUGAUUCCCUCGAAGCCAUGACCAGGAGAAGACAGUAUGGAGAAGUUGCUAACCUUCUUCAGGGCGUAAUGAAUGUUCUGGAGCACUUCCACAAAUAUAUGGGAAUUCCACAGAUCCGGCAGCUUUCUGAAAGAGUGAAGGCUGCCCAGACCGAGUUAGGACAGCAAAUCCUGGCCGAUUUCGAAGAAGCGUUUCCUUCCCAGGGCACCAAGAGGCCAGGAGGACCCAGCAAUGUCCUACGAGAUGCUUGUCUGGUUGCUAAUAUUUUGGACCCCAGAAUCAAGCAGGAAAUCAUCAAAAAGUUUAUUAAACAGCAUCUGUCAGAGUAUCUAGUACUUUUUCAAGAAAACCAAGAUGUUGCCUGGCUGGACAAAAUUGACCGGCGCUAUGCCUGGAUCAAGCGCCAGCUUGUGGACUACGAGGAGAAAUACGGCCGGAUGUUCCCGCGAGAGUGGUACAUGGCGGAGAGGAUUGCAGUAGAAUUUUGCCACGUCACAAGGACAGAACUGGCCAAGAUCAUGCGUACCAGAGCUAAGGAAAUUGAAGUGAAAUUGCUUCUCUUUGCUAUUCAGAGAACAACUAACUUUGAGGGGUUUCUUGCAAAACGCUUCUCCGGGUGUACCCUGACAGAUGGAACUCUGAAAAAACUCGAGUCUCCACUCGCAUCCACCAAUCCCUUCCUAGAAGAUGAGCCAGCACCAGAGAUGGAGGAACUGGCGAUGGAAAAAGGAGACGUAGAGCAGCCAAAGAAGCCUAAAGCCCCAGACAGUCCAUUUCACGGCAUUGUUUCCAAGUGUUUUGAGCCUCAUCUAUAUGUGUAUAUUGAGUCCCAGGACAAAAACCUUGGGGAGCUGAUAGAUCGGUUUGUGGCCGAUUUCAAAGCCCAGGGGCCACCUAAACCCAACACGGACGAGGGGGGCGCCGUGCUCCCCAGCUGCGCCGACCUCUUUGUCUACUACAAGAAGUGCAUGGUGCAGUGCUCGCAGCUCAGUACCGGGGAGCCGAUGAUCGCCCUGACCACUAUUUUCCAGAAGUACCUCCGAGAGUACGCCUGGAAAAUCCUCUCUGGCAACCUGCCCAAAACCACAAGCAGCGGCGGUGGGUUGACCAUCAGCAGCCUCCUCAAGGAAAAGGAGGGCUCAGAAGUGGCCAAGUUCACCCUGGAGGAGCUCUGCCUCAUCUGCAGCAUCCUGAGCACUGCAGAGUACUGCUUGGCCACCACCCAGCAGCUGGAAGAGAAACUCAAGGAGAAGGUCGACAUAAGUCUGACUGAACGAAUCAAUCUGACUGGAGAAAUGGACACAUUCAGCACUGUCAUCUCCAGCAGCAUUCAGCUGUUGGUUCAGGAUCUCGAUGCUGCCUGUGACCCCGCCCUGACAGCCAUGAGCAAGAUGCAGUGGCAGAAUGUGGAGCAUGUUGGUGACCAGAGCCCCUACGUCACCUCUGUCAUUCUUCACAUUAAACAGAACGUCCCCAUCAUCCGUGACAACCUGGCUUCCACGCGGAAAUAUUUCACACAGUUCUGCAUUAAAUUUGCAAACUCCUUCAUUCCCAAGUUCAUCACCCACCUCUUCAAGUGCAAGCCAAUUAGCAUGGUGGGAGCAGAACAGCUGCUGCUGGACACCCACUCCCUGAAGAUGGUCCUGCUCGAUCUGCCUUCCAUCGGCUCUCAGGUGGUGAGGAAAGCCCCAGCCAGUUACACAAAGAUCGUAGUGAAAGGCAUGACCCGAGCGGAGAUGAUCCUCAAGGUCGUGAUGGCCCCUCAUGAGCCGUUGGUGGUGUUUGUGGACAACUACAUCAAACUCCUGACGGACUGCAACACAGAAACCUUCCAGAAGAUCCUGGACAUGAAGGGGCUGAAAAGGAGCGAGCAGAGCAGCAUGCUGGAUCUCUUCCGCCAGAGGCUCCCCGCCCCGCCCUCAGGGCCCGAAGGCUCCAGCUCUCUGUCCCUCCUGGCUCCAACUCCAGAACAGGAGUCAUCUCGCAUCCGCAAACUGGAGAAACUAAUUAAAAAGAGACUGUAGGAGCGUCCGAGGGGCACUUUUCCCCCAGCCAGUGACACCUGCCCCCACCAGCACCCAGAUGCCCGGAAGCCCCCCACCUCUCCUGUGCUUCCCCGACUCUCAGAUCAUCAGUCUUGAAACUUCCUGGGGCAUUUGGGUCAUUCACAUGUUUCUCCCACGUCCUGUCUUAAUUCCUGUCCGAAUCGGAGAAGACGGGUAACAGCCAGAUUAUAAAAAGGCAGUCGAGAUGGUCCCUGAUUCCUGCAGCAGAGGCAGCUGGGGGUGAAGGUUCCGUGGGCUUCACUUGCUGGUCCCGGGCUGCCCCCGACUGGUCCAGUUGUCGCUGACUCUGUAGCCUCACCCCCGCAGUCACACCCUCUGGCAUGUGGUCCUGUUCCUUUCCAUGCUUCUGUCCCAGCACCGUGGGUGAGAAAGCCUGGAACUCACCCCUUCCUCCACAUGCAGCUGUGUGAGGUUCCCUCUGCGGCCGGACCCUUAAGAGAUGUCGUCUGGGCUUGGCUCUAGGGCCCAAGUGGAAGAUUACAGGUGUGACAGAAGAAAGAGGUGUGGCCUUUAGCUAAGCCCUAGUAGGGAAGGCUGGCUAAAUAAGAAAGGCACUGGAAGGG